UCAAUCAAUAUAUAAUUUUACAUUAUGGCGCGAGAACUUCACACGUGUCUCAUACGUUACUUCGCGCGAUUAAAAGAAAUGGACAGCAAGUGGAAAGAAUUGUCGCAAAAUGCUCAAGAACCGCUUGAAGCUAUGAUCGGUUUAGGUGAACAAUUUCGAGUUGUUGCUUGUGAAGAAAUAGAAGGUACAGAAGAUAUCGUAGAUGAGGAGACGCGAGGAAGAUUGAUAUUCCAGAUACUUAUGAGCCUUGAAGAUAAAAUGAGUCUCAUUAAUAAUAUCUUGACGCAAUUUAAUUACGCUAAACAAGAUUUAAAAAGUUAUCUAGUCACUUUGGAAGAUGCCAGAAGUAAAGUAUCCUUGAAAGACGAAGCGAUGCAGGAAUUAAUUAAAGGAACACCUUGUCGACCAGCGCUUGAUCGGCUUUUAGUAUGGUCUAUGGAAGGGUUUCAGUUUUACGACAAUAUGUACCAUCGUAUCAACGAGUGCGUGCAAUCGAUUGAUUAUAAAUCGGAGGAGACUAUCAACGAUAUGAUUUCUUCUUUCAAGGAAGACAAGCGCAAGAGGAAGAAUUUAAAUUGGUAGAAUGCAUUAGAGUGCCCCAACAUAAUGCCUCUCUGGGUUGUAUUUGACGUUCUCCAAAUAUCCGAGUUUAGAUCUAAUUAUAAAAAUGUCUCUCUUACAAAAUAAAAAGGAUUAAU